AUGGUUGAAGCUCAGGAUACGACACACAAUUGGAUCGGAACGGGAGUCGACAUACAACAACAACAACACAGAAUUGGAACUGAGGCGGAGUCGACACAUGUUGGCACGUGGACUACCGGCGUGUGGUGGCUGCCGGCCAGGAAGGCUGCGGCAAAUGGAGACGGCCGGCGAAGGGGCUGCUAUGCAUGGAGACUGCCAGUGAAGGGGGGAGGAAGAGAUGGCAGCGAGAAGCGACACGAGGGGAAGCGACUCCCUGGUGGCGUUGGCGGUCAGAGUGAAGAAGGGAGGAGGUGGCGACCGGAGUGUUUAUCGGCUGGAGGAGAGGGAAAACAGAGGACAGGAGCGGUCAUCAUCGACAAGGAGAGGAGCGUGGAAGGGAGAGCUCCGGCGUUAGCGCUGCAUCAGGAGAUGGCCGGCAGGCGGCCGCAGUGGAAGAAGGGCGGCCUCAAGACCAUCCCCUUCAUCAUCGCAAAUCAAGGCUGGGAGAAGGUGGCGAGCUUUGGACUGCUUGCAAAUAUGAUCAUCUACCUGACAGCGACGUACCACAUGAAGCCUGCGGCGGCGGCGGCGCUGCUGCUCCUUUGGGGAGCCACCUCCAAUUUUCUCCCCAUUUUCGGAGCCUUCCUAGCUGAUUCCUGGCUCGGCAAGUUCCGAGUCAUCGCAGCCGGCUCCUUCUUCAGCCUGACUGGGAUGGUGCUACUUUGGCUAACCGCCAUGAUUCCCGGAGCUCAGCCACCAGCUUGCAGUGCCGGCAGCCAUUGCCUCGGCGCCACCUCCUCGCAGCUCGCCCUCCUCCUCGGCGCGUUCGCAUUCAUGGCCAUAGGCACCGGCGGCGUCCGUCCCUGUUCCCUCGCCUUCGGCGCCGACCAGUUCGACCGCCGCAAAUCCCAACCCCACGCCAACAACGUCCGUGUCCUCCAGACUUUCUUCAGCUGGUACUACGUCUCCGUCGGUGUCUCCCUCGUCCUCGCGGCCACCGUCAUCAUCUACAUCCAAGACCAUGCGGGCUGGCCCAUCGGCUUAGGCGUCCCCGCCGCGCUCAUGGCCGUCUCCACCCUUUUCUUCCUCCUCGGCUCCGCCAUGUACAUCAAGGUGAAGCCCAACAAGAGCGUCCUCUCCGGCCUCGCUCAGGUCGCCGUGGUAGCGAUCAAGAACCGCAACAUCAUCCUCCCCCCCAACUCCUCCGACUCGUGGUACCACAAGAAGAAGGGCUCCAAGCUCACGGUGCCUUCCAAGAGCUUGAGAUUCCUGAACAAAGCUUGCGUCAUCCGAAUCCCCGAGAAGGACCUCAACCCCGACGGCACUGCGGCCGACCCGUGGCGGCUGUGCACGGUGGAGCAGGUGGAGGUGCUAAAGGCGGUGGUCCGGGUGCUUCCCAUCUGGUCCACCGGCAUUAUGGUGGCUAUCAUCAUCAGCCAGAGCUUCCCGGUGUUGCAGGCAUCGACCAUGGACCGCCACCUAGGCCCCCACUUCCAGAUCCCACCCGGCUCCGUGGUCGUCUUCUCCAUCGUCACCCUCUCGCUGUGGGUCGCCAUUUACGACCGCCUCCUCGUGGCUCCUCUCGCGCGGCUCACCGGGCGCCCGCGCGGCUUGGGGCUGAAACAGAGGAUGGGCUUCGGGCUGGUGCUCUUGAGCAUCGCCACCGUCGUCAUGGCCAUCACAGAGCACAUCCGUCGGCGAAGGGCGAUCGAUCAGGGACUGAUGGACAAAGGAAUAGUGCACAUGUCCGCGAUGUGGCUGAUACCGCAGUACUGCCUGAUGGGAUUGGCGGAGGCGUUCAACGCCAUCGGACAGAUCGAGUUCUACUAUUCGGAGUUCCCUCGCAGCAUGACAAGCGUAGGGUUGUCGUUGCUGUCGCUGACGAGUGGGAUGGGGAGCUUGGUGGGGGCAGUGAUCGUGGCGGUGGUGGACAGGGUGACGGAGACGAACGGGGGCGUGAGUUGGCUGGACAGGAACUUGAACAAGGGGCGAUACGAUUACUACUACUGGAUGUUGGCGGCGAUGUCGAUGGCCAAUGUGUUCUACUUCGUGCUCUGUAGUCAGAUCUAUGGGGAGGAAGGGAAGAGUAAGGUUUGGGAGGAAGAAGAAGAGGAGAAGAAGGACAUGGAAGAAGAGCAGCAAGCGAGCACAGAGUUGUCGAUGAUGCCUUGA